GUCUGUUGCCAGUUUGUCAAGUCAACCAGCGGUUUUGUGUCUAGGGGCUGUUCUGUCCCAACGUUCUGCCCUGGACCUUAAGCUGCAUCACAGAGAGGGACUACGAUGUGGAGAAUCGUGAGCUUCUCGUGGUGAAGAUGGCAUUGGAGGAAUGAAGGCACUGGCUAGAAGGGGCGGAACAUCCGUUCAUUGUGUGGACCGACCACAAAAACCUAGAGUAUCUCUGCACCACCAAGCACCUCAACACCAGGCAAGGGAGAUUGGCCCUGCUGUUUACCCGGUUCAACUUUUCCCUCUCCUACCGGCUGGGGUCCAUGAACAUCAAGCCCGAUGCCCUGCCGCUAUAACCCCACGGUUACCACCCCGGAGCCCGAGACCAUCCUUCCCAACUUGUGCCUGAUGACGGCACUCAACUGGGGUAUAGGGAAACAGGUCCGGGAGGUGCAGCGGUCCCAGCCGAACCCUGGGGGGGGCCCAGAUAACCGGAUGUUUGUGCCUGAUGCUGUCCCCUCCGUGGUCCUGGAGUGGGUCCAUUCCUUCAGGCUUGCCUGUCACCCGGGCUCUUGUCAGAUCCUGGCCUUCAUGCAACAACACUUUUGGUGGCCUACUAUGGUUCCGUAUGUUGCCGCGUUUGUCACCGCCUGCACGGUCUGCACACAGAACAAGACACCUCGGCAAGCUCCAGCUGGUCUUCUCCAACCACUGCCUGUCCCUCAUCGUCCGUUCGUCAUGGGUUUCCCCCAUCUGAGGGCAACACUGCCAUCCUGCCUGUAGUCGACUUAUUAUUAUUAUUUUUUUCCAAAGCCACCCACUUCAUUCCUCUUCCCAAACUACCCGGAAAGCCCAGCUUAUGGUACAGCACGUCUUCCAGAUCCACAGACUCCCGGUCGACAUGGUCACCGACCGGGGUCCGCAGUUCUGGAAGGCAUUCUGCACGCUCAUUGGGUCAUCGGCCAGCCAGACAGAGUGAGCCAACCAGGACUUAGUGACGACUCUUCACUGCCUAGUCUCCGCCAACCCUACCACCUGGAGUCAGCAACUGGUAUGGGUUGAGUAAGCUCGCAACACCCUUUCUUGCUCUGACACGGGUCUCUCACCCUUUGAGUGUUCCUUGGGAUAUCAGCCUCCACUCUUCCAGAGCAAGUGGAGAAAGUCAGCAAUCCCUCUGCCCAGAUGUUUCUCUGUCGCCGUACCUGGAAGGGAGCCCAGGCCGCUUGGUUGAAGACCACUUCCAGGUAUAGGUGACAAGCGGCUCGCCACUGGACCCCUACUCCACGCUAUCGGCUUGGGCAGAAGGUAUGGCUCUCUGGAGUCCUGUAAACUUUCCCCGCAUUUCAUCGGCCCGUUCCUCGCAUUUCAUCGGCCCGUUCCCCAUCUCCAGUGUCAUUAGCUCCACUAAUGUUUGUCUUUUGUUACCACGUACCCUCCAUAUUCACCCUACAGUACUUUCCAUGUGUCUAGGAUUAAGCCCGUGUCUCACAACCCUUUGUCUAUUGUUUCCAGGCCCACCCCUCUCCCCGGUUCAUCGAUGGCCAUCCAGUAUACACGGUGAGAUGCCUCCUGAGUGUUCGACCAUGGGGCAGGGGUUUCCAGUACCUGGUUGAGUGGGAGGGUUAUGGCCCAGAGGAGAGGUGCUAGCUCCCCGCUAGAGACCUCCUGGACCCAGGCCUCAUCGCAGACUUCCACCACCAGUACCCCGGACAACCAGUCCUUCCGAUUCUGACUGGGAGCCGCCACUGCCAAGGUGCCCAUCCUCCACAGGAGCCGGUUCAUCUAGCCGGACCCCUGCUGUCUCCGGCUCCACACCUACCCCCGCCCGGCCAGGUGUGAAGUCUGUGACAAAGAAGCAGAGGUGGGGAAAAGAGAAACCUGCAAUCAGAGAGGAGGAGGGUCGUUGGCCCUCUGUGCUUGAGGAGGAUGUGGGCCCACCACCUCCAAUAUUCAGACCGAAAAGGCCACCAGGACCUCAGCUGGACAUGACCUCCAACUACAGCCCCAUGCAGCUUUUUCAACUGUUUUUACAUCUUCAGUUAUUGAUUCCCUUGUCUUGAACACUAACAAAUAUGGUGCUAAGAAGCAGGCAGGCAAGAAAGAGGCAUGGAAGCCCAUUUCCAUGUCAGAUAUUUUUUGUUAUUUGUCAAUGGUCAUAUACAUGGGUCUAGUGAAGCUGAAAACCCUGAAACACUACUGGAAAACUGCUCCCCUCUAUCAGCUGCCUUUCCCCUCCACUGUCAUGUCGUGCAAAAGGUUUCUGACAAUCUCACGGGCGCUUCACAUCAGUGACCCUAAAGUUUAUGAGGACAAUGACAAGAAGUGAGGCACAGCAGGGUAUGAUAGGCUCUGCAAAAUAAAACCUCUCUACCACAGUGUGGUUGAGGCCUGCAAGACCUAUUUUCAGCCCGCCCAGAACCUUUCCAUCGAUGAGAGGAUGGUAGCCUCAAAGGCCAGAAUUGGCCUAAAACAAUACAUGCGUAACAAACCAACUAAAUGGGGUUACAAACUGUUUGUUUUGGCUGAUUCUGCGUGUGCAUACACGUAAGGGACUAUGAUUCUGUCAUGGCAUUAUUAGAUUUUCAACUGCUGGGGAAGGGCUACAAACUUUUUGUGGACAAUUUCUACACAAGCCCUACCCUGUUCACAGACCUGAGGAAGCUGGAUAUGUGGGCUUGUGGCACCAUUCGGCCUAACAGAGUGGGCUUUCCAAAAACCAAGGAGAACGACAUGCCUAAGCGGGCUGAGCGGGGUAGCAUGCGAUGGAUUCGCCAAGAUGGCCUGCUCUUUGUGAAGUGGAUGGAUACCAGAGAGGUGGUCAUGUGCUCCAGUAUCCACAAGUCCUUCAGUCGAGAUCACGUCGUCAGGCGUGUGAAGGGCGCUACUGGGGCAUGGACCACAAAAAAUGUCCCCAUUCCUGCAGCUAUCAAGGACUAUAACAAGAGCAUGGGGGGUGUAGACCUGUCAGAUGCGCUGAUAGGCUACUAUAAUGUUCUCCGCAAGACCAUGAAAUGGUACAAUACUUUUUUCUAUCAUUUCAUUGACAUUGCUGUGGUUAAUUCCUUCAUCAUCCAGAAGGAAAUGGUCAAGAGCUGUGGAAAGACCCCCAUCUCACAGCUAGCCUUCCGAGAGCUGCUCAUCCAGGAGCUUGCUGGCUACAGCAAGUCCACUGCAGCACCUUCUGUCCCCUCUACCUCUGUCCCCUCUACCUCUGUCCCCUCUACCUCUUCUGCUCCUUCAACCAGUGGUGAUCACCUGCCCAAAUUCAUCUCUGCAGACAUAAAUGUGCCUCAGGGCAAAAAGGGCACAGUGGGGAGGAGACGCUGUGCCCUUUGUCACAGGAAAUGCCCCAACACAUGUACCAUCUAGAAAAAAGAAACGCACACCUAUAAAGGCGAGGUGCUGACUAGCGGAGUAGAACACUAGAAAAUAAAGGAAAGCCGCACACUCUAAGA